AUGUGGAAAAUGAUGGGAAAAAAAUUGGAGAAAUAUGUGGAAAAUGUUGGGAAAAAGAAAGAAGGGGGGAAAAAAGAGGGGAAGAAAAAAAAGGGGAGAGAGAGAGGGGAAGAAAAGAGAGGGGAAGAGAAAAGGGGAGAAAAAAAGAAGGGGAGGAGGAGAAAGAAAGGGGGAGGAAAAAAGAGGGGAGAAAGAAAAGGGAAAGAGAAGGGAAAAAGGAGAGGGGAGGAGAAGGGGAGAAGGAGAGGGGAGGAAAAGGAAGGGGGAAAGAAGGGAGGAGGGAGAAAGAGGGAAAGGAAAGGAGAAGAGAGAGGGAAAAGAGAAAGGAAGGGAGAGGAAAGGAGAAGAGAGAGGGAAAAGAGAAAGGAAGGGAAAGGAAAGGAGAAGAGAGAGGGAAAAGAGAAAGGAAGGAGAAGGGAAGGAGAGGGGAAGGGAAGAGGAGGGAAGGGGAAAAAAGGAAGGAGAGGGGAGGGAGAGGGAAAGAAGAAAAAGAGGAAAGAAGAAGGGGAAGAGGGGAAAAAAGAGGAAAGGGAAAAA